AUGAAGAACUGCACCACCGUCUUCUACAACAUCAGUGAGAGUGACAGAGGAGUUUAUUACUUUAGAAUAGAGACUUCAGGGAUACUGAAAUACAGUUAUACAUCUCCAACAGUAUCUGUAAGAGUGCGAGACUCUCCAAUCAGCCCCUCAAUAAGACUGUAUAAGGAGGAUCAGGGGGAGGUGGAGGACCUAAAUGAGGUGGUGGAGGGAACUUCAGUCAGGAUCAUCUGCUCUGCUCCAGCUUUAUGUUCCUUAAACCCUCCCACUUUUACAUGGAACUUCCUGCCUGAGGAGAGAAAACAGGAGCAGAACCACAACACCAGCUUCAGCUCCUCUCAGCUGUACUUCAACGCUACUCACCUGCAUCAUGGACAGGAUUUCACCUGCACUGCCACCUACUGGCUACAGAACAAGAACAUAUCAGUACAGAGCUCUCUUACACUCCAUGUUCUGUGUGGUCCUAGAAACACAUCAGUAUCAGCAUCUCCAUCUGCUUUAGUGGUUUGGGGCAGUUCAGUGUCUCUAAGUUGCAGCAGUGAUGCAAACCCAGCAGUGCUAAACUACACCUGGUACAGAGAGAACAGAGAGCAGAUAGGAACCGGAGACCAUCUCACCAUCAACACCACUGAUUCUACACACAGUGGUUUAUACUACUGUAGAGCUCAAAACCAGUAUGGAGACCACAACUCAUCUGUUUACCUGCAUGUGUCUUGCACUUCAUACAAGCCCCUAAUAAGACUGUAUAUGGAGGAUCAGGGGGAAGUGGAGAACCAAAAUGUGGUAAUGGAGGGAACUUCAGUGAGGCUCUCCUGCUCUGCUCCAGUGCCUCCAUGUUUCCUAAAACCUUCCACUGUUACAAGGAACUUCCUGCCUGAGGAGAGAAGACAGGAGCAGAACCACAACAACAGCUUCAACUCCUCGCAGCUGAACUUCAACGCUACUCACCUGGAUCAUGAAUACAAUUUCAUCUGCACUGCCAAUUACUGGCUCCAGAACAAAACUAUAUCAGUACAGAGCUCUCUUACACUCCAUGUUCUGUAUGGUCCUAGAAACACAUCAGCAGCAGCAUCUCCAUCUGCUUCACUGGUUUUGGGCAGUUCAGUGUCUCUGAGUUGCAGCAGUGAUGGAAACCCAGCAAUGCUGAACUACACCUGGUACAGAGAGAAUGGAGAGCAGAUAGGAACCGGAAACCAUCUCACCAUCAACACCACUGAUUCUACACACAGUGGUUUAUACUACUGUAGAGCUCAAAACCAGCUCGGAGAUCACAACUCAUCUGUCUACCUGGAUGUACAGUAUGGUCCUAGAAACACAUCAGUAUCAGUAUCUCCAUCUGCUUCAGUGGUUUUGGGAAGUUCAGUGUCUCUGAGUUGCAGCAGUGAUGCAAACCCAGCAGUGCUGAACUACACCUGGUACAGAGAGAACGGAGAGCAGAUAGGAACCGGAAACCAUCUCACCAUCAACACCACUGAUUCCACACACAGUUGUUUAUACUACUGUAGAGCUCAAAACCAGCAUGGAGAUCACAAUUCAUCUGUUUACCUGGAUGUUCAGUAUGGUCCUAGUAACACAUCAGCAGCAGCAUCUCCAUCUGCUUCACUGGUUUUGGGCAGUUCAGUGUCUCUGAGUUGCAGCAGUGAUGGAAACCCAGCAAUGCUGAACUACACCUGGUACAGAGAGAAUGGAGAGCAGAUAGGAACCGGAAACCAUCUCACCAUCAACACCACUGAUUCUACACACAGUGGUUUAUACUACUGUAGAGCUCAAAACCAGCACGGAGAUCACAAUUCAUCUGUCUACCUGGAUGUUCAGUAUGGUCCUAGAGACACAUUCGUAUUAGCAUCUCCAUCUGCUUCAGUGGUUUUGGGUAGUUCAGUGUCUCUGAGUUGCAGCAGUGAUGCAAACCCAGCAGUGCUGAACUACACCUGGUACAGAGAGAACAGAGAGCAGAUAGGAACCGGAAACCAUCUCACCUUUAACACCACUGAUUCUACACACAGUGGUUUAUACCACUGUAGAGCUCAAAACCAGCAUGGAGAUCACAACUCAUCUGUAUACCUGGAUGUUCAGUUCUCUCCUCAGGUCUCUCUCUCUUCCAGCUGUAACAGCACUCAGAAUUUGAUCAAGUGUUUCUGUGAGGCUCAUGGAAAUCCAUAUCCUAAACUGGAGUGGCAUCUUACUGGUCACAAUUUGUCAAAUACCACUGAAGAAUCAGUGAACAAUACAACCGUAAGAAGCUUCAUCUCCAUCCAUCAAACAUUUACAACUAUUCUCACUCUGCAUUGCAUUGGCUCCAAUCGCUUGGGCUUUGCCACACAACUCUUCUAUUUUGAGAAAGUGCCUCAUCACUCUGCUAAAGGUGUGUGUAUUCCGUCUCUGCUGAUUGGUGCUGCUGCUGGAGCUACACUAAUAAUGAUGCUGUGUGGUAUUCUUCUGCGUGUAAGGAGAGUGAAUCCUUCAUGGUCUGGACAGGAGAACAUAGCAGGAUUUAAUUUAAAUGCUGUUAGACAGGAAUAUGAAGAAGAAGAUGAAGACGAAGAAAAAGAAGAAGUACAGUCUGUGUAUGUGAACAGACAGGAUUUAUCAGAUUUGCUCCAUUACUCCACUAUUAAGUUUUCAAGCCGAGCAGAAUGUGACAUCAAAGGUGCUUCCUCUCUCACGGCUGAAUAUGCCUCUGUGUACCAUGGUUCUAAACAACAAAAUAAGAGAAGAAUUACAGACACUGAGGAUAAAGACAGAGAUCCAGAGAACCUCGAAGACUCUGAUGAAGCUAAAGAAAUUUAUACAGAAGUUAAAUGCAAUAAACAUAAAGGAAAGGUGUGAAAAAAAUAUAUUAGUGUUUACAAACACAGUCAGAUUUAGAGUACUAGCUUU